UUGAAAAGUGAUUUUAAUUUAAAAUACAAUGAGUGUGUAUUGUUUUUGAAUGAAAAGUGUUGUUUUCUUCGUUCAAAUGAAUGGAACAAAAUGAAACAACUGCCAGAACAGGGUAAGGAUGCAUCGUUGUCGACACAACCGUCAUCAAGCAAUGCCGAUGAUAUUACAAAUGGAAGCAGUUCAAUUAUUGAAUUUUUAAAUCAAGAGCAAAAGUGUUUGAUAUCGAAUGAAAAUGAUGUGGCCAGUGAAUUGGAUAUUGACAGUAUAUUCGAAGAGAUAAAUCGAUUGUCAGACGAAUCGGACGAGCGUAGUGUCGAUGAAAUAUUACGUGAGGCUGAAUUAUUGAUGUCAAAACAACAACAAAUCGAAUCGAAUUUGAAUCGCAGUGAACUGGACAAUGAAAAUGAUAUCGAUGAUACGGCCGAUUUGAAUGGAUUAGGUGAACGUACCAAUGUGUAUAAUACAUGGCAUUUAAAUGAGCAUUUGGAGACAAUAUCGGAGAAAACAACACCGCAAAACACCACAAAGUCACAGAGCAGCGACAGUCGUGAUGAAGCAACACUGCAUACAAUUGACGACCUUGAAUCUGACGGACAAGGGGAUCGAGUUCGUACGUCACGUACGAAAAUAGCCACACCGACCAAGAACACAAAUCAGAAACGAAAAAACGAGCCUGUAUUACCAAUGACGGCACCACUAACAACAACAAUAACACCACCACCAAUAGCAGUGUCACAAAAUGCGAUCGAUGAAUCUGUACUUGAACUGGAAAUACCGAAUAAAAAGUCGCCAGAGUCAAUGUUUAAUGUAAAUGACUACGAAAACAAUAAUAAUAACAACAAUGUGAACGAUUCAAUAAAGAAUUGUCUCAAAAUCGAAGCAAAUGUAUAUCAUGAUGAAAAUGGUGCAAUGUCGUUGCCGAUACUUUCAAAACCACGAUCAAGCCGUUCACCAUCAGUUGCCACACUUGCUUCGCCCACAACUCCGAUCACUUCGGCAAUGUCGACAUCCAGCUCAUUUUCUGGACACGUUUGGACAAGGGAACGUGCUCUUGAACAACAAAUUGAAAGUUUACGAGAAACUUUAAAAGACACCGAAGAACGUUUGCAUAGUUUACGAUUGCAAUAUGACAAUGUAUCGCAAAUGCAUCGAUCAAUGCGAGAUAAAAACCAUCAAAUCCAAGAUGAAAUGGAUCGACUUAAAAUUGAUGCCCAACAUUUGCAUGAGUGUGCGAAUAUUCUGCGAACUGAAUUGCAAUCGGCACGAAAGGAUCGAGCCGAUGCACUUGAGCUGCAAGCGAUGCUACAACGCGAAUUGGAUACAGCUAGAGAAGAAAAACGACGUGCAACUGAUGAGGUUGAAUCAAAUGGACGCCAAAUCAUGGACUUGCAACGACAAUGCAAAGAAAUGGAACGCAUUUUGGCACGAAAAAAUCCAGACGCCAUGCAAAUGCUGUUGGGUGUUGGUUCAAAGAAGGCCGAAGAUCAAGCACAAAUGUCAGCCGGUCGUCGUCAAUUGGAACAACGGAUUGCACAACUGGAAAGCGAUGCCAAAGAACAAGAUCGGAAAGCACAACUUAUUUUAGCCAAUGUUCAAUCUCGCUUUAGUUCAGUUCAAUCGAAAUAUGAGACACACAUUAGCGACUUAGAAACACAAGUCUUGAGUUUACAGCAAAUCAAUCAAAUUUUGCAUGAGAAGAUUGAAUCACAGGCUCGACAUAAAUCGUCCAAUAACAAUUACAUGAUUGAUCAACAAUCAUGUGGCACCCAAACGCUGUCACUUGUCGAUAAGAAAUCAUGCAUGACAUCCAGCGUUCAUACACAAACUGAACCAAAAUCACCGGCCGUUUCACCAGCACCGAAACCAGUGCCAACCAAAAAAUCGACAAAACAAACCAUUUCAACAAAAGAAGAAACACACCUUCUGGCCACCGUGCGCGGAAUGCGAGUCGAUUUGGCAAUUAAAGAAAAAGCACUACAACGUUUGACACGUGAACUUGAUGAAUGCAAGAAAACCAUCAAAAAGCUACAGAAGGAGAAUGAAAGUAAUCGUGUAGAUAAAACAACAAAGAAGCCAUAUGAUCCAGCCCAAUUUACCGAAAAGACCAGUCCGUCUAACGUUCAAUUACAGGAAAAAAUAAAGCUACUUGAAAUCGAUUACAAAACAUUACACGACAAGCGUUUGAAUGAUUUGAAAAUUCUUCAAUCGGCCCAUGAACGUGAACUAUCAGCAAAUAAGGAAACCGUUCGACUAUUGGAACAGCGCUUAGCUGAACGUGAUGAAGCAUUUGCAAUUAUUCAAAAGCACAAUAAAAUCCCAAUCGAUUAUUUUGCAUUGAAGCAAAAGUUCACAAAAUCUCAAUUGGCUUAUCAUUUCGAGACGAGGGAUAAAUGUAGUCUGUGUCAAGAUCAUAUUUUUUGAUAGUCAAUUUCCGCUGGCACUUGAAAUGAUAGUGGUUUUAUGAAGAAAAAAAAACACCUGCACUGAAUUCCGUCAUUCGGUACACUUAAACUGAAAAAGUUUGCGGUUACAAUUAUCAUAAUUAAUCAACAUUUUGUAAUGUGUUUUAUAGACGUUUUGUUUCCACAUUUUGUUGUUAUUUUAUGAUGCUCCAUAGUGAUAGCUGACACACUUAAAUUAUAUAGAGAUAACAGUGUGUUUAUUAUUAUGUUUUUUUCUUCUUCUUUAUUUCGUAUCGGUAAUUUGUAAAUGAAAUGAGAAACCGUCCGAAAUCAUGGAGCAAAAUGAAAACUGCGAUUUAAUUGAAUGUUUUGACAGUGUUUUUUCCUCUUGGUACAUUCAAGUUUGAAUUUAAUUUGAACAUAAUAAGAUUAGAACAAUUCAUAUUGUCCUCAAUGCAAACCUUCUGUGAUAAAAUGAAGAAAGAGAAAUGUAUGUCACGAGCACAGAAACAACUCAAAUUUGACGUUAAUUUUGGUGUUUGUUUGUUUUUUUUUUUUGGUUGUGAGAAUUUAGCGUUAAAUUUAUUAUAAUAAGAUUUAGAUGGUAGUUAUAUUGUUUAUCACCAGCAGAAUUUGUUUUGAAACAUAUUUUCCAGUUAUUUUGAUUUUGCAAUACAUAUUACACUAACAUCACAUUAAAAAAAUACUUACGCACACACGUAUAUGUUUUAUUGGAGAUUAUUACCACCACAAAAUUCACUGCCACAAAUGUUUAACGAAAAAAACAUGUUAUUUAUUAUAAGUUUGAAAAUGCCAACAAAACACAAAUUGCAGGUGUCAUCGCUUGAACGGCGACACACUGAACGAGAACAACGGCUUCACAUUCUAGUUGAAGCAUUGAGCAAAGGCCGUCUUGCCGGUUC